AUGUUGCGCAACGCCGUCAACACGGCAAAGAAGGCCGUUACUGAGCUCUCUCAGUACCCCAAGCCCGGCGACAAGCUCCAUGGCUUCACUCUUCAUGACAAGACCGGCGCAGACUAUUUGCACAUCGCCCGCGAUGACAGCAACAAUGUCUUCUCCAUCGGCUUCAAGACCAACCCGCCGGAUGACACCGGUGUGCCCCAUAUCCUGGAGCACACCACGCUAUGUGGCAGUCAAAGAUAUCCCAUCCGCGACCCCUUCUUCAAGAUGCUCCCACGAACCCUGUCCAACUUUAUGAACGCCUUCACCGCGUCCGAUCAUACCUUCUACCCUUUCGCGACAACGAACGCCCAGGACUUCAAGAAUCUGAUGUCUGUGUACAUGGAUGCGACGCUGCAUCCUUUGCUUAAGGAGUCCGAUUACACUCAGGAGGGAUGGCGCAUCGGACCGGAGAACCCGCAGGCAGCGAAUGGCGAGGAGAGCGAUCUCGUCUUCAAGGGCGUUGUCUACAACGAGAUGAAGGGACAGAUGUCGGAUGCUGGUUAUCUAUUUUACAUCCGCUUCCAGGACCACAUCUUCCCGGACAUCAACAAUUCUGGUGGUGACCCCCAGAAGAUUACCGACUUAACCUAUGAGCAGUUGCGCAAGUUCCACGCCGAGCACUACCAUCCAAGCAACGCGAAGCUGUUUACCUAUGGAGACAUGCCUCUGGCUGAUCACCUGCAGGAGGUCAACAACCAGCUCAGCGCAUUCGAGAGGAUACAAGAGGACGCAACUAUUCACCAGCCGAUCAACCUGAGCUCUGGUCCCAGGGAGGUCACUGUUCAUGGACCCAUUGACCCCAUGGUGGAUCCAGACAGGCAGUUUAAGACUUCGAUCUCAUGGAUCAUGGGAGAUGCCACCGACGUGGUCGAGUCUUUCUCUCUGGCGCUGCUUUCCACACUUCUGAUGGAUGGAUACGGCUCGCCCCUCUAUCGCGGUCUGAUUGAGGCUGGCCUGGGUACCGACUUCAGCCCGAAUGCUGGCUACGACAGCUCUGCGAAACUGGGAAUCUUUUCGGUUGGCCUCACCGGUGUUCAGGAGGCUGACGUGCCGAAGCUGAAGGCCGAGGUGCAGCGUGUUCUUCAAGAAGUUCGCCAGAAGGGCUUCGACAGAACCAAGAUCGAUGGAUCUCUCCACCAGCUGGAGCUUGCGCUGAAGCACAAGACAGCCAACUUUGGCAUGUCCAUGCUCCAUAGGCUCAAGCCGAAGUGGUUCACGGGUGUGGACCCUUUCGACUCGUUGGCUUGGAACGAUACCAUUUCAGCGUUUGAGGCCAACCUGGCCAAGGGCGACUACCUUGAGAGCCUGAUUGACAGGUACUUGUUGAACGACAACACUUUAACAUUCACUAUGGCCCCGUCAGCUACUUUCAGUGAGGACUUGGCCCGCGAGGAGAAGGAGAGACUUGCGUCAAAGAUCCAGCAGGCGUCGCAGGAGGCCGGUGGCGAUGCCCAGGCUCGCAAGAAGUUCGAGGAGCGUGAGUUGAAUCUGCUCGUUGAGCAAGGCAAGUCGAACACCGAGGACCUGAGCUGUCUACCCACAGUCCAUGUGAAGGACAUUCCCCGCAGCAAGGAGCCUGUUGUCGUACGGGACGAGACUGCGAACGGUGUCAAGAUCCAGUGGCGGGAAGCCCCGACCAAUGGCCUGACUUAUUUCCGAGCCAUCAAUACGUUGGAGAACCUUCCGGACGAGCUCAGAGAACUGAUCCCGCUCUUCUCUGACAGCAUUAUGCGACUCGGCACGAGAGACAUGUCCAUGGAGCAGCUUGAGGACUUGAUCAAGCUGAAGACCGGCGGUGUUUCUGUCGGCUACCACUCGACACCUUCUCCUACCGACUUCCACCAAGCUAGCGAGGGUCUCAUUUUCACGGGCAUGGCCCUGGAUAGAAAUGUCCCCGUCAUGUUCGCAAUUUUGCGCAAGCUCGUACAGGACACGGACUUUGACAGUCCAGAGGCCGCCCUACGCAUUAGGCAGUUGCUUCAAGCUUCUGCCGAUGGGGUUGUCAACGAUGUUGCCUCAUCCGGACACCAGUACGCCCGCGGCUACGCGGAAGCUGGACUCACCCGGAGCGCGUGGCUCAGACAACAGAUCGGCGGCCUCUCUCAGGUCAAGCUUGUGACUUCGCUUGCCAACCGACCUGAAUCGGAUGGUCUGGUGGAUGUCAUUGACAAGCUCAAACAAAUCCAGAAAAUCGCGCUCUCCGGUGGUAACUUCCGCACGGCAUUGACUUGCGGGUCCGAGAGCACGGGCGCCAACCUGAAUGCGCUUACUAGCUUCAUGUCAACGCUUUCGAAAGACCAGGCUUCAUUGUCAACCUCGAGUCCUGCCUCGCUGCAGCGUAACAUCAAAUCUUUCUUCCCGUUACCAUACCAGGUUUACUACGGCUCGUUGGCGGUACCCACCGUUUCUUACACGUCCCCAGACGGUGCGCCGUUACAGAUCCUGGCGCAGCUCCUCACUCACAAGCACCUUCACCACGAAAUUCGCGAGAAGGGUGGUGCCUAUGGAGGCGGAGCUUACUCUCGGGGGUUGGACGGCCUUUUCGGCUUUUACUCAUACCGCGAUCCUAACCCCCAGAAUACCUUGUCCAUCAUGCGCAACGCGGGUCAGUGGGCCAGAGACAAGGAAUGGACGGAUCGCGACCUUGAGGAGGCCAAGAUUUCGGUCUUCCAGAGCGUCGAUGCUCCCCAGUCGGUGAACUCUGAGGGCAUGGGUCGCUUCUUGUCCGGCAUCACUGAGGAGAUGAAGCAGAAGCGUCGUGAGCAGAUGCUCGACGUUUCCAAGGACCAAGUGCGCGAUGUUGCCCAGAAAUACAUCGUUGAUGCUCUGGAGAAGGAGCAGGAACGCGUGACAUUCUUGGGUGAAAAACGCUCAUGGGUAGAUGGAUCCUGGACCAUCAAUGAGAUGGACAUCAACGGCGCGGAAUGA